AUUCUCAUGAUUAUGUAUAUAUAAUGUGGUUGAGUGAGUGGAGUGAAAGCCAUUCACAAAUUAAAUAUCAUCAAUAAUAUCUAUUUAUAUUCCACUGAAAAUGGGAAUUGGAUACCAAAAUGUUGCUGCAUGCGCAGUACUGGUACUUGUGAUGGUGAUGGCUGAAAUUGCAGGCAUUUGUGCAAAUUCAAGUACUCUCCUCCACUCUCCAUGUCUUGAAAGAGAGAGGCAAGCUCUUGUGAAGUUCAAAGCAUCCCUGAAUGAUUCAUCAAACUUGCUUUCCUCAUGGCAUGGCGAUGACUGCUGCCGAUGGAAAGGGAUCGGUUGUGAUAAUGUUACUGGUCAUGUUGUCGUGCUUGAUCUCACCACUCCUUAUGAGAAAUGCUGGAGAUCCAUUUCAAAUAUUGGACGACAACACUACUACAUGUUGGAAGAAUAUGGGUCAAUGACCGACGAGUACCACUACUGUUACUCUUUAUGCAAUCAACAUUUAGAAGCUGGGAAUGUUAAUUCGUCGCUGCUGGAACUGGAAUACUUGACUCAUUUGGACUUGACUGGAAAUGACUUCUAUGAGAGUCCCAUACCCAUGUUCAUUGGUUCUAUGCAGCGCCUGAGGUAUCUGUCCCUCUUUGCUGCUGGUUUUGGCGGGAGAAUACCCAGCAAUCUUGGAAAUCUCACCAACCUCCACUUUCUUGAUCUGAGUCGGAAUGCAUUUUCACCAGACAGCAACAUCAAUUGGAUUUCUCAAUUGCCAUUGCUGGAACACCUUGAUAUGAGCUCUAUUUACGAUGGGUUGCAGGUUAAUAUUAUUAAUCGCACCAUCAGUGCUCCUAAUCUUCACUUCUUAAGUCUUGCCGACAAUGGAUUUAGUGUGUCAAAUUUGUAUGCUUUACAAAACAUGACAUCUCUUGUGCAUCUUGAUCUCAGUGGGAACAAUCUUACUUCAGUUUCAUCUUGGUUUGGCAACUUCAAGAAACUUGAGUAUCUUGAUCUUUCAUGGUGUUAUCUUCAUGGCCCAAUUCCAAAUGCUUUUCAAAAUGCAACUUCCAUUGAAUUUUUGGACCUUACUAAGAGUAAUUUUGACUCUCUUCCAUCCUGGUUUCACAAGUUUAAAAAACUCAAACAUCUUUUUCUUUCAUCUAAUAACUUCCAAGGUACAAUUCCCGUUGCUUUACAAAAUAUAACUAGCAUCGAGUCCCUUGACCUUUAUGGCAACUCUUUUACUUCAGUUCCAUCUUGGUUUAUUGAGUUAAAGAAACUUGUCUAUCUCAAUCUUUCAAUUAAUAAAUUAACAUCUAUGGAAUGUUCCAUUUCAUCCAUUUUGAAAAGCAUGUGUCACCUGAAAAGGUUAUAUAUAGCAGGAAAUAGACUCCGAAAAGAAUCCAUAGGAAACAAUGAUUUGUCUACCUGCAUUAGACAUGGUUUGGAGAAUCUUGACUUGAGUGAAAAUGAAUUUAACGAUCAGUUGCCAUCUUGGUUAGGACAACUUGAAAAUCUAGUCAACCUUGAUCUCCAAGAAAAUUUUUUCUAUGGUCCCAUUCCCUCUUCUUUUGGAAAAUUACUGAAAUUGAAAAAUUUAUAUCUAUCCAACAACAAGUUAGAAGGGGGCUUUCCUGAUUUCAUGGGACAACUUGUAAAUUUACAUGUCGUCGAUCUUUCAAAUAAUUCAUUUAAUGGAACAAUUACCCAAAAUCUUGAGCAACUUGUAAAUUUACAACAUUUUAAUGUCUCAAAAAAUUAUCUAACGGGAUCCAUUCCUUCGAGUCUCGGUCAACUUAUAAAUCUAACUAAACUUGAUUUGUCAAUUAAUUAUUUAAAAGGAAUCAUCCCUACAAGUAUUAACCAGCUUGUAAAUCUUAAUAGGCUUGAUCUUUCAAGGAAUAAACUAGAUGGGAGAAUUUGUAUUGAUUUUCAAAAACUUGUGAAUCUAUCAUACCUGGAUCUGUCUUCAAACAAGUUGGAUGUAACCAUUACAAUGAAAGAAAGUCAGCCUUUGAUUUUCUCAAAAAUGUUGUAUUUGAAUCUCUCCCAUAAUCAAAUCAGUGGUUCACUUCCUGGACAUAUUGGUCAUAUAAUGCCCAAUUUGGUGAACUUGCGUCUUGGAAAUAACCUCAUAAAUGGUUCAAUUCCCAAUUCAUUGUGCCAAAAUGACCAGCUGGAAAUCCUUGACCUUUCAAACAACAGAUUAUUUGGUGAAAUUCCAAAUUGUUGGAAGGAUAACCAAAAAUGGGAAGAAAUAAAUUUGUCAUUCAAUGAACUCUCGGGAGCUUUUCCGAAUUCAUUUGGGAAUCUUUCCACCCUGUCAUGGUUGCAUUUGAACAACAACAACCUUCAAGGGGAGUUUCUAGUGUCUGUGAUAAGUUUGCCAUCGUUGAUCAUUAUGGAUCUCGGAGAGAAUAAACUUUCUGGCACUAUCCCAUCAUGGAUUGCAAAAUCAUUUUCUUCACUGCAAAUUCUAAGAUUGCAGCAAAACAUGUUAAGUGGUAGCAUUCCUUCACAGAUAUGCAAACUAAUAAUGCUACAAAUUCUGGACCUUUCCCAAAACAAUUUACACGGUUCAAUACCUUCAUGCAUAGGCAAUCUUCCAGGAAUGAUUCAGAACCCAUCCCUCACAGCAUUGGGUCCCACUUUCCGUGAUUCUCCGCCGGUGGCUGUGGCUUCAACUGAUGAGUGGCAAGCUGAGGAAGUCGUUGAAUUCAUGAAAGGAAGAGAACUUGACUAUAAAAAGAUCUUGGAUCUUGUAGUCAUCAUGGACUUGUCCGAGAAUAAUUUGGUUGGCUCCAUUCCAAAUGGAAUAACAUCACUUGACAGAUUGCAUGGCUUGAAUCUAUCAAACAAUCAUUUGAUAGGAGAGCUCCCAGACAUGAUUGGGAAUAUGAUAUCACUUGAAUCCUUUGACGUUUCAAGCAACCAACUCUCAGGCACAAUUCCAAGCAGCAUGUCAGCUUUAACAUCACUAAGUCAUUUAAACUUGUCACACAAUAACUUCUCUGGCCCAAUUCCUACAGAUAACCAGUUUUUAACUUAUGAUCCAUCCAGUUAUGCUGACAACCCAUAUCUCUGUGGAUUUCUUCUACCCAACAAAUGUGAUUAUUCACAUCAAGUUAAUGGGAGCACUGAAUUUGAAGAUGAAGACAGCAACUUAGAUAAGUUGGAAAAGUGGUUGUUCUACUUUGUCAUUGUAAUUGGCUUUGCAACUGGAUUUUGGGGAGUUAUUGGGACUUUGUGGUUCAAGAAAAAUUGGAGGCAUGCUUACUUCAGAUGGGUGGAAGAUUUAGCCGACACGAUCUAUGUCACAACUGCAAUAAGAAUGGCAAAAUUGAAGAAGUGGAUGAUGAUGAUGAGAAACCGUGUUGUUGUUUGAUCAUGUGUGUGUUUUUAUUUUUAUUUUGAAGAAUCAAACGUAGCAAUAAAUUAAGGAAAGUGAAACAUGUUUGAUGUAUGUAUAUGUAUAUGUACGAAUUUGAAAUAUAGAUUGUCAUUUGAUGUUUAAUCU